UCUUGUGAAUAUCCUUGUCAGCCACAUGGUUGAAAAACAUGGCAGAAUCCCAGUUCGAAUGCAAAGAGAAAAAUACGGACUUGGCAUUGUGACCCUGUUUCCAAAUCUCAGGGAUCCUUUCUCCACCAAAGGCUAUGAACACUUCUAUGAUGGUGCAAGUGGAACUGGCUACCUGGCAUGGCGCCUAAAAACUGUGCAGAGAAAAGUUACAAAAAGGUCGGAGAACAGCCCUCAAGGUGCCUUGCAGGGAGGACCCAGCCUGAAGAGGAGUUUCACAGCAGAGCAACAGGCAGAUGGUGAUGCAGUCAGAGAAGCCAUAUCGUUACUUCUACAUCCCAGUGAUGAUUCAGUGAUCCGCAGCAAGAUGAGGGAGACGUUUCAGCAUCGUCAUCAGCUUGUCCAUAAUCCAGAGAUGACCACUGAAGUCCUAAAAAUGUAUCCAAGAUUUUUGGAUGUGAAGGGAUUGAUAAAUCAAGAUUUCACACUCCUGUUUGGAGCGGAAACCUCCUCCAAGUUAUUAGAGAAGUGGGACUCCACCUUCAAAUGCAAAAUCAUUGAAGAAGCAAGAUGCUUGACUCAGACUCACACUGUACGCCACCUUCUGAUGUCUGCAGAGAACCAAGACGCUGAACCAAGCGCUGGUAAGCAGAUUUACAGUAUAUUUCAUUGUAGUUUCAAACAAAACUGUACAACAGCAAUUCAAAAAAAGUUGGGACAUUGAGCAAAUCGUAAAUAAAAACAAAAUUAAAUGAGAUUUAGAACAUACAAGCCACACAGUUAAUGUGUAAUAGUACAAAGACAAUAUUUAAGUUAUUGAAAAAG